AUGGCCCUCUCCUCGUCUGCCUCCACACUGCUCCGCCGCCUCCUCGGAUCCACCCCCCUCUCAUCCUCCCGCUCCUCUGUACUUCGCGCCGCCUUCUGCUCCUCCUCCUCCUCGGGCCCCUCCCCCACCUUGCCACCUCCGUCGACCAUCUCCGGCGAUGACACCGAGGUCGCCAACGUACCGCCGCUCACCACCCCCAAGCUCUUCGUCAGCGGCCUUUCAAGGCUAACGACAGAUGAGAAGCUCAAGAGCGCGUUUGCUCCCUUCGGACAGCUUCUUGAAGUGAAAGUCAUAACAGAUAGAGUUUCUGGGAGAUCAAAGGGCUUUGGUUUUGUAAGGUACGCGAGUUUACAAGAAGCUGAGACCGCACGGCAGGAAAUGAAUGCCAAGUUUCUGGAUGGAUGGGUCAUUUUUGUCGACCCUGCAAAACAAAGGGAGCAGAAGCCUGCUCCUCAGCCGGAUACUGCUUCCUCCCACACCGGCUUCACGAUAAAUAAAACUGUAGGAUGGUGUGGUUAG